AAGACACACAUUUUUUAUCUUUUAUUAAAAAUCGUUCUGUGUGUGUCUGGUAGUGCUGUAUGGGUGUCGUGUGUGUAAUAAAAUUAGUGAAAAAAAAUUUGCAUUGUCUAAAAAAACACAGAACAGGCAGCGCAAUAUUUGUAACCCCCUGCGCACACCCACAAUCAUUGCCUUGUAAAAAUCACAAUCGACAGAAUUAAAAUUACACAUGAGAAUGCAAAAUUACAUAAAAUAGUGAUGAUGUGAUCAAUUUACAAAUAACAAAAAAAUAAAUUUGUAUAAUUCGAAUUGAAGAGGUUAAAGUCACAAAUUCAUGCAAAAUUAGACACCUCUUGUGAAAAAUUCAACGAAAAAAAAAUCUAAUAAGAAUUCAUCCUACGAAAUUCUGCGAAUUGAUUCAAAUCAACUAAAAAAAACGGAUACUUGAUCAUCGAGUCGCUAUAAAGCACUUUAAACAUUCUCAAGAAUUAUUUUGGAAGUACUAAAUUAGUAAGGACACAAAAUUUAAAAUGCUGCCACAAUUCAACUUGUUUGUUGUUGUUAUCACAACGCUGGCCACGACUCUUACACACUGUGCACAACUUCCAGCAACAACACAUCUCAAAAAACACCAGUCAGUGAUCGCAUCAAAGACACCAAGUGUCCGGAUACAAUGUAUGUCGGGAUUCAUGGUUAUCACGAUUAAAGAUGCGCCCUCCACGGACGAAGGUUUCUUCAGUGGGAUGAUUUAUCCGAAAGAGUUGUCUAAGAAUUCAACUUGCAUGUCCGAAUUCCACAAUCACGAAGGACAACUCAAAUACAAGUUGCCGCUUAGAAGUUGCAGUACGAUGCCACAAGAAACGGAGGAUGGUCAAAUUGAAUUCUUCAACACGAUUGUCAUUCAACCGCAUUUAAAACUCGUAACAGAUUUAACGACCAGCUAUCACGUUCGGUGUCGAUACAAGAGUCGAGAGGCAGCAACUAAAGGAACAUCUUCGACCAAUGGAAACCCUCAACCAUUGACAUCUGAUGACGCUAGUUAUUCCGAUCGAUCCAACUAUGGUCGGUCACUUGAUAAUAGCAUUGCCACAAACGAGAUGCCCGGAGUUCAUAUGAAAAUCUUCUCCGAAGGAAAAGUCGCAGAAAACGUCAAGAUUGGAGAUAAUUUGGAAAUUGUUGUGAAUAUUGAUAAACAAGAUACUUACGGUCUUUAUGUCACGGAUUGCAUUGUUCGUGAUGGUCUUGGCUUGGGAGAGACGUUGUUAGUCAACGAAAAUGGAUGUCCAAUGGAUACGGAGAUUAUGGGACCAUUUAAAUACUCGAGCGAUCGAUCGACAGCCAAGGUUUCCUUCCCAGCUCACAGAUUCCCUUACACAUCAGCCGUUUACUACCAGUGUAACGUCAAGUUGUGCGCUUUAGUAGAUCCAAGUUGUCAUAAGGAACCCACAUGUGAUCCAAGUGGCAAACGACUUAAUAAACGUGCAACAGGAGACGAAACAGUCGAAGAAGGACUUCCAGCAACAAUUGAAGUGUAUUCUGGUUUGUAUGUCAACGAAAAUGCCGAUGUUGUUGAUGAAGAUGACGAUUCUGUGACAAAAGAAAAGUCAAUUGAAGACGCGAUUUGCGUUUCCCAGCGUAGUUUUGCAAUUGCCAUUGCCAUUGCUGGAUUAGUACUUAUGCUAUUGGUUGUCCUGGCCGCACUUUGCAUCAUGGCACGUCGCAGCCGCAAGACUCAUUCGUCAUCAGGCAGCUCAAUUUACAGUGGUCCUUAUACGAACACAGCCUUCUCUCACACUAGUUAGAAAGAAUGGCUACUAACUACGAACGAACCCAGUGAUAAUCCGCUUAAAAAAUAGAAUUAAGAUAUGGAUAGACAUUAUUUAACAAAGUGCCUCCAAACUAAUGACGGGCCCUCUGUUGACUGAAUGUCUUCUGAUACCCCCUUUCCCCACUUUUAAUCUCACAUUUCUCUCUCGGUGACGGAAACUCACUUAUUAUCUAAUGAAGUAACAAAACUCAUAUCCUUAAAUUUUGACCCGUCUUUAUCUACAUACGUGCUUCCAUAAAGCAAUAUAACACAAUCGAAUCUCCGGAAUUCUAGAAAUAAGUUUCCUUUUUAUUUAAUUGUUAGAAGAUGCUAAAGCGUCAUUUAACUGCCAUUUUUAUUUAAAAAAAAAAAUUAAAUUAAAAACAGUAUUUAUAGAUACUGACGUGGGCUUGUUAAAAUCAUUUAGAUGCCAAAUUUGUUCUGUUUUACAAUUUCAUUUUUGACGACAAAAAGUCAAGAAAUGAGAUUUUAGAACGCUACAAAAUUUCAAUAAAUGCAUCGUCAAGAAUUUAAUGACUCCACUUGACAUUUAAAAAAUGUAAAAG